CCCGUACCAAAUUUCCCAUUUUGUCCAUCUUCGCCCAUAAAGAGAGCUCAACUAAUUCACACGCGGUCGAAGUGGGCUUUGAACAAGGGGUUCGAUGGUAUUCAGCCCUUGUCUUAGGCUUUUUCGAAGGACCAUGUCUGGGGAGAAGAUCUACGAGGGCAUUUUUGCUGUCAACAAGCCCCAAGGAGUCAGCUCGGCAGAUGUAAUCAGGAAGCUCCAGCACCAUUUCAAUCCAUCGGAGCUCUUCAAACCGUGGCUCGAUACCGAGCGAGCCCGACGACAGCGAGAGAGCAACUUCCAGCGGAGACGGCGGCGCACGCAGCGACUGGACGUCAAGAUCGGGCAUGGUGGCACCCUCGAUCCGCUCGCUACUGGCGUGCUAGUUGUUGGUGUCGGAAAGGGGACAAAACAUCUCAAUGAUUUCCUGGGAUGCACAAAAACAUACGAGACGGUCGUGCUGUUUGGCGCCGAAACAGAUACAUACGAUAAGCUGGGGAAGGUCGUUCGACGUGGUCCCUACGAGCAUAUUACUAGGGAAGCGGUAGAAAAGGCCUUGGAACAGUUCCGGGGGAAGAUAAUGCAGCGCCCGCCGAUCUUUUCGGCAUUGAAGGUCCAAGGAAAGAAGCUCUACGAGUACGCUCGUGAAGGCAAAGAGCCUCCUAUUGAGAUCAAAGCGAGACCUGUGGAGGUUACGAAUAUGGAGAUCCUCGAAUGGUACGAGCCAGGCACACACGAGUAUAAAUGGCCCCAGGAGGAAAUGGCGGAUGAAGAAAAAACAGCUGCGGAGAAGCUUCUGGACAAGGAUGCUGCCAUACCAGUCGCCUCGUCUGCUGAAGCGGAAGAAGCUGAACAUCAAAAAGAGCCGCAGAUUCUGCCGACAAAGCGGAAGUCAAGUCCCGGAGAGGAUGCAGUAAACGACGUGGAUACUGCUGCUGCUGCCGAUACUGCCCAGCCUGUGAAAAGGCAGAAAGUAUCUACCCAGGAAGACUCAGCUCAGGUCGAGGACCAAGCCAUAGCGUCAUCGCAAGUCCAGGACGGACCACAAACAUCGCCCAAAUCAUCUGGUGAUACUGUGCCAUCCCCUUCGCCCCCUGCCGUUAAGAUCACCAUGACAGUCUCGUCUGGUUUCUAUGUCCGCUCUCUGGCUCACGAUUUAGGAAAAGCCGUUGGCAGCUGUGGCCUUAUGAGUUCGCUUAUCCGAAGCCGCCAGGCAGACUACGAACUUGGCCCCGGCAAAGUAUUGGAAUACGAGGAUCUAGAGGCUGGCGAAGAAAUUUGGGGAGAGAAAGUACGACACUUCUUAGAAGACUGGGAGAAGAAGAGGGUAGCCGGAUUAGAAAGCAAGCAAUAAAUGUGGAAUUCCUGAUAUUACUAUUUUCCAAAGUAAUAUAUGUCACUAUACGGAAUGAUAUUGCCGUUCCUGUAGGUUUGACACGGGUAAGCUGUCAUCUAGAUGUACAGCCUUCAGGUCCCUCCCUGCCGUUUCAGAGGUUCAGAAUAUACAAUCUACAGACUGCUUCGG